UCUGUCAUAGAUCUGUUCCAUAGAGAAAGCAAAACAAUGUUGUGGAGUUUAUGCGUAAGGGUACAAGGAAUAUUUCGUGAAGUUUUAAACUGGCAUAGACAACAUUAAAAAGGUUUUGGUGUGUUUUUAAAUGAUUUUCGUUGAGUUUGUGCACAUUCUUGAUGUUUUUAGGGAACGAUAUGUAAUAUAACCUUACUCUAUGUAUCGAACAGAGUCAUUACGGAGGACCCAUUUGAUUCCGUCGUAAAUAAGCUGCUGUUAUUUCAAUGAUUGCUGUUGUCAGUUAUUUCGCCGCAAACGUUUGCAAACAAAAGUUAUUCCGCGAUUAUAUGGUAUAUGAGAGCGUUAAUGCGUAAUUUCUCCCCCAUAAAUACGCCAAUGUACAUGUUAAACUGCGCUUGUUUGAUCCAUUUCUUUAAAAGACUAUAUUUUUUAGUAAGCAUUCGAUUUUCCCAACGAAUUGUUUAAAUACUUUUAAGAAGUAAUUCGUGAGAUGCAGAUCAAUCCGAUGGGUAUUUUUAUCAAAAGCUUGACUACAAAAAGGGAAAAGUAGAUUAUAUAUGUUACUCCAGUAGUGUUGACGCUUGGAUGGUAGUAAUGUUUGUGACACUUAAAGCCUGCUCAUAAUAAACUGCAACAUAUUGUACAUUAGUCAGCUACAGUGACUUUGGCAUUUUAGCUUACAGAAUGUAUUGGACAGUACACUUAGAAGGUGGACCAAGACGAGUUAAUCAUGCAGCUGUUGUUGUUCUUGAUAAGAUUUACUCUUUUGGUGGUUACUGCACGGGGGAGAACUACCAGAGGAAGCGGCCAAUGGAUGUUCACAUUCUUAACACAGGUAACUACAGGUGGCACGCUUUACCUACACCAGAAUACAAUGAUGUGACAAAAACCACUGUCCCAUAUCAGAGGUAUGGACACACAGCUGUUGAACAUGAGCAGAAGAUUUACAUAUGGGGUGGACGUAAUGAUGAAGCUGCGUGCAACAGAUUAUUCUGUUUUAAUCCAGAUAAUUUAACUUGGAGCAGUCCCAAAGUGAGUGGGAUGAUUCCUGCUGCAAGAGAUGGCCAUUCAGCUUGUGUAAUUAAUAAUCAGAUGUUUGUCUUUGGAGGUUUUGAAGAACAGAUGGACAGAUUUUCACAAGAUGUCUAUGCUUUAGACCUGCGUACAAUGGUGUGGAGAUACAUAAUAACUCAGGGUGACCCUCCAUCAUACAGAGAUUUCCAUUCGGCAAAUGCAAUAGAUGAUAGAAUGUAUAUAUUUGGUGGGCGAGGAGAUGUGUAUGGUCCUUACCAUUCGCAAGAGGAACUAUAUUCAAACAGUAUAAUGUACCUGGAUACAGCUACUGGAGUGUGGCAUCAGCCUCGGACAACUGGGGAUAUACCUUUAGGCAGGAGGAGCCAUUCUGCAUUUGUAUACAAAAAUAGCCUGUAUGUGUUUGGUGGCUACAAUGGACUCUGUGAUGAGCACUUCAAUGACUUGUACCAGUUUUCUCCAGUGACCAACACUUGGACGCUUAUGCAGACACUUGGGAAACCUCCAAGCAGGAGGAGGAGGCAGUCAUGUCUUGUUGUUGGAGACAGAGUUUUCUUAUUUGGUGGUACAAGUCCUUACCAAGGACAGAUGUCAUACCAAGUAAUUGAAGAUCUGUACAAUGAAGGAAUUGACUCAAAACUUAUGGAUCAUAAUGAUAUGCAUAUACUGGACUUUGCACCCUCACUACGAACACUCUGUGCUAUGAUUGUUAUUAAUAAUCAGUUGGACUACAGCAGCUUGCCAGAGGAGUUAAGGUGGGAACUGCGUGUAAUGGUGACACCAAACUCCAUAUCCAGACCUUUGAACAACACUGGCUGACAUAGGGUAACUUGUUCAUUAUGCUGUUAUAACUCGGUCAGUGUGGCUGAAUAGGGCAAGACUGUUCUGUUGUCAAGUUAUAAGUAUCAGAUUACUACUGAGAACGUAAGUCUUGUGAAAUAAAUUGUGUGUGUGUGUGUGUGUGUGUGUGUGUGUGUGUGUGUGUGUGUGUGUGUGUGAGAGAGAGAGAGAGAGAGAGAGAGAGAGAGAGAGAGAGCACACCAGGUUUGGUGUGAGAUUAUGUUAGGUACAAAACUUGUGACAUAUUGUUGUUUGAAAAGACUUGCUGACAUUGUAUGAAGAUACACUGUUGAAAUUGCAGCCACUACGUGAUGUGUCUCUUUAUACAUAAAUACGUGUCAUCAGGUUAUAUUGUUGAAUCUCUAAUGUUAUUGAUGUGCGAUUGUAAUGCAGUUUUUGUGUGUAACUUUCAGUAAUUUGGGUGUACUCAUUUGAAUUUUCAGUUGACAUAAAUAAUGUUUAAUUCAUUUAACGUAAUGUUGUUUUUGACCCAAAGAAAAUUUUUGAAACUUUUUUACUGUUAAACAAUUGUUAUUAGCUCAAACAAUUGUUAUUAGCUCUGUUAUGCUAUAAAGUCUAAAACAUGUACAGCUAAUAACUAAAUCACACUUAAUUCUUCAGUAUUUGGUUUAUAUAACUGUUAGCAGGAACAAAAUUUAUAUUGCUGAUGUGAAAAUCAGAUGUAAUUCACAUAAAAACAGUUUUUUUUUAUUGUGUCCUUUCCCUGUAACAAAUAGAUUGCAAUAGUGCAGAGUUUGUAUUAAGACUCUAUAAGGUACAACCUCAACCUCAGAAGAAAAUGUGAUAUUUAAAAGAAACAUAUAGCUCAGAAUUAAGUGAUCCUUCUUUAUAUAGAGACUAGAUAUGAACCUCCAAACGACAGUUAUCAAACAUUCUGUUUAUCAUCAAUCACAAGAGAUAUUUUAAAUGUUAAAAGUGCAGUGUAUGUGUGUGAGAUUUUUCUGUUUUAUUUUCAUUAUCUUUUGUUGCUGACUGGUUUGAAAUAUGAGAAAAGUUACUUCUAUUUUACUUCAUGUCAUGGCUUCAUACCAGCAUACUCUUUAGUCACCUGCAUUAUACAGGUAUCUUUAAGAUGCCUGACAGGCUAGAUGCCAAAGAUAGGGAUCUACUAGAAUGGUUUGCAUGAGACUGUGUAUGACAAAAAAAAUAUAAUGUGUAUUUUGCUGAGAAACUCAAAUUGCUAGUCUCAAAAGAGAGAUUGUUUUUAUUUUGCUGCAAGGACUAUUUGCAAUCAUACUUAGUGGAAGAAAGGGAAAUUAUAUCAAUAGGGGAUGCAAAAACUAAUGCAGAUUGAACACAAGCUAUCUAUAUGAGAAGUGAAUAGAUGAUUAUCAAUAUACAUACUGUAAAGCAAAAAUCGCCAAACUUUUGUGUGUAAAAGUGAUUUUGACAGAUGAUUGAUACUAUAUAUAUAUUUUAUUCCUCUUGCCUUUGUAAGAAAGCGACUGACAGUUGCACAGUAUUGGUCGCCAUGAAAUUUGUAGCAAGACCUAUUGGGUGUUAGUUUGAUGAAAGUGAAUGUACAUGACUGCAUUCAGAAUGUGAUCAGUAGAGAAAACGUGUGAAACAAACAGAAUUCUCUCUCGGUGCACAUGUGUGUAUGAGAGAGAGAGAGAUAUCUGAGUGGUAUUUUGCUUUACAAAGUGCAGUAAUGACUUGAGACUUGUCAUCAUAAAUGUGAUACAUGGAAAUAAAGUAACUGAGGGUAGAAGUGACAUUUAUUUUCUCUUAACUUUAAUGUGUUACAUUCGCAUAUUCUUUUUUUUUGUAUAGCCAAAAUAGUUUUUUGAAACUUGUUGCUACUUUCGUUCCUCAAUAUGAUUACUUGAAAUCCACUUCUAAAGACAUUGUCAUCAACUAGGCACCAUUCUGGGGUGGGGGGGAAUUUAAAACAACUGUAUCAGAUUGUGCUGUUCAUAAUUACUGUACUGCUGUGUGAUGUUUGUAACAUGGAUAAUAUGUGUAUUCAGCUUGAUUUACUAUAAUUACAGUAGACGAACAACAACAACAUAUUAUAUUUCAAUGAAAAUAGUCUACCUGUUAACUGGUAACCUGAGAUUUGUUACCACAAUAAAACAGUGUUUUUCUCGGUAAUUGUUACUUUUUUCUAUUAAGGUGAUAACUAAAUAUUCCAUUAUAUUCUAGUAUUUGAAGCUAUGUAGAGGACAGAAAUUUGUACAGUGUAUUUUGAAACUGUGAAGCUUGUAUUUCUUCUUUCACAGUUGAUAUUGUAGCUCAGCCACUGCAAAGUAUGUGAUUUAUUUCAUUUCUAAAUGUUCUGAUUUUUAUGGUGUACAUUACAAAUAUAUAAUUUAACAACUAAUGUUAGAAAUUAAAGUUUCGAAUAGUGACAGAAUAUUCAAGGAAUCAUUACUCACAGGUUGUAGGUAUUAAUAAUGGCAAUGCAACAUAAAAGUGACAUGCUGGUCAUGUAAUUGCCAUAACCACUGCCAACACAUACUUAAUAUCAUGCCGAAUUCAUCUUGAGCUUGCUGAGAAAUAGGUGUGUAAUAUUUGAGCUGAGAUACAAAAAUGGAAGUAAGUUUUUAUCUCUGCUAUUGGUGUUCCACUGCAUUUGGCAGUCUCACCCACAUAUCAUGGACUGUAGAGCACAGUAUGGUCAGGAAUCAGUAACAUCAUUCCUGCUGUUGAUAUUAUGUUACCACCAACAGUCUAGUUACUGAUUUAAUUCAUUUUUAUACUCAGAACAGCCCAUCAAACCACAGACAGAAAUAAUUUUUUAACAUUUUGAGAAACUCCCUACACUUAAUCCUCAAUCCAAAGUUGAGUGGCAACAAUUCUUCUCCACUCCUCUCUGUGCCCUAUUAGCUUCUUAAUUUUCUCAUAUGAGCCAUCUCCUAUAUCAUCUGUUAUCAGGCUAGAGUGUUGCACUCUAGGUUCUCAUCUUCCUCUCUUACCGUGACUCAGGACAGCUGAGAUGGUCAAUUAAUUGAUCUCUUCUUUUCCAUACUGUUGGUAGCCGAAAACUUUUUCACCUAUUUUUCUAAGAAUUGCUUCAUUCGUGAGCUUUGCUGUCCACAAGAUAAUUUUGAUCUUUCUCUAGCACCACAUUUCAAAUAUCUCCCAAAGUUGCUUAUGGCAUGCAUCCACAGAUCCACAUUUCUGAACCGUAUAAAGCCAUACCCCAGUCAGAGCUCAGUAAAUCUCAAUAUAGUCUCCAUUUUCAUGUACCAUGAUUGAAACAGCACUUUCUCCUUGUAAUAGGGUACCCUGUAUCCUAUGCUAUACCUGCUCUUCUGAUCUCCAAGGAGACCAUUGCCACUUUCCCUCUCUUCCCACUUCCUACCAUAUGGGGAGAUACAUGUCAGGAUUUUUCUUUAAUUGUCUCAAGGACCAUAAUGACAUAUCCGAGAAUCUCAGAAAUAACACCACUCAUCUCAGUUACAUACCUACCUCACUCAGAUGUUGACUAUGGACAAAUUUCUUAGACAUUUGUUACCAAUAUUCUCAUUUUAACAUGUCUACUAUAAACACCAUAUUUCACACCAUUAUCUUGUUCUUAGAUGACUUAUAAAGUAUCUGACAACAGGCAGCAUCACAUGUGAGAGUCUUACUGUAUGGGUCAUUGUACUUUUUCAUUGCUUGCCUAAUUUUCCUGUCAAAUGUAUUGUCAGGCCAAACCUGCUUCAUUCCAUGCUUUGUGAACCCAUAACUUCCAGUGCAGGACAUGGUCAUAAACUUACCUGUUUUAACUCCUACAACAGCACUUGACUCCUCCUUUGUUCAUGAAGUCAUAACUUAUAGGAAAAUAGAUGCUCUGUACAAUUGCAUAAUGCAUUUCAAAGCCAAGUGGGAUUUUUUAAUUCUAUAGUUACAGGGCUUCCACUCAAAUUUCUAACACUGUGUAACAAAAACUGAUUGUUAAUACAUUUUUGGUUUCAGACAUUUGCUCUGUCUGAUGGCCCACUUCCCUCAUCUUCCCAUUGUUCAUAACUUCAGUCUAGCCAACAUAAUAUUUUUCUCUGUCAUCUUAUCUUAAUAAAGCUUGUUUUAACAUUAAAAAGAACUGUUAUCUUGAACAGCAAAUGAAAGGGAUGGGUUGCUGCCCACAACAUAGAGGAAGUACUGUCUUCUUUAAGUGUGUGUAGCUGCCACUCAAUACCUCUUCUAUGCGGCGACUAACAAUCUAAACAUUUCAGUUGGUGUUAUUCCAUCCCAGAUUUUCCAUUGUUAGACCAGUUUUCUAAUGAGGCAACUGUAUUUUAUUAUAGUACAUGUGUUAACACACAAAUUAUGAAUGAAAUUUUCUGUUGCUCCUACUUAGAUAAAACACUGCAUUACAGGUUUCCAUAGUUACGUGUGUCAUCAGUGGGUAGACAGGCUGCUAAAGCUAGUUCUUGUCAUACAAUCAGAAAAAGUAAUCUUUAUAAAUGAAGCAGUUAGAAACCACACACAUGCAUACAACAGGUUGUAAAUAAAUUAUCCUGAUCGUUUCUUUCUUUCUUUUUUUUCAUCUAUUGUUAGAUCAGAGAAUACAAAUUGAGCCUCAUACUGUCAUUCUGGGUGUGCUUCUGUCAGAUUUGUGUCAUUGAAUUAGUUUCCUGGCCUGUACUAUGCUUUGCAGUGUAGCACACACUCAACAACUGUUCCACAACCUGCUUUACAAGCAAAUUUCAUUAGGCAAUGGCUUACUAGGCUUCCACUGUUUUAAAAAUUUAUAGCUCCCUUUUUAAACACAAAGUAUUGUGUAACUGAUGAUUUACAUUCUUCUUGUUGGUGUACCAUAAUGUUCUUUACAGCAUGUAGCAAUAUUGCAUGUACAAUAUUUAUGCUAUUAUGAAUGUACUUCAUAAUUAAUGUUACUAAUAGGGUAGAUUAAAAAUCUACUCACCAAGCGGUGACAGAAAACACACACACACACACACACACACACACACACACACACACACACACACACACACGAGGUUACAAUUAGACAAGCUUUCAGAGCCAGUGGCUCCUUCAGGCAGAAAGGUUGAAGGAGAAGGAAGAGAAGUGAAGGAAAAGGACUGGAGAAGUCCUCAGAUAAUGGGUAAACUUUGGAAAAGUUACCCAGAACUGUGGGUCAGGAGAGACUUAACAGAUGGAAUGAGAAGGAAAUGUCCCUUCUUUUUCUUCUGUACAAAUGACUAUUGUUAGGUCAGAGAACACAGAUUGUGCCCCAUGCUAUCAUUCUGGAUGGCUUCUGUGAGAUUUUUGUCAUUGAAUUAGUUUCCUUCUCAUCCAGUGUGGUAAGCCUCCCCUGAUUCGCAGUUCUGGGUGAUUUUUAGACCUCUCCAGUCUUCUUUCUUUACCAUUCUUCCGUCCACUUCAACCCUUCUGCCUGGAGGAGGACCCACUGGCUCAGAAAGCGUGCCUAAUUAUAACCUUCUAUAAUAUGUUUUUUGUACCGCCACUUGGUGGGUAGAUUUUUCAUGUAUCCAAUUACAUUAUAUUGCCAAAAACUGAUUGUUUUCAUAAUUAAUAUUGUGUGCUGUAAUCAAAGAUUUGAAUGCCAUUCUGUCCCUGUCUCCUGUGUUUGGCAUUUCAUUUAUUUUCUUUUCAGUUAGGUUUCUUUGGAUUCAUGAUGCUUUAUGCUAUCCUUGUGAAAAGCCAAAUAAAUGUCCAUGCAGAUCAGAAACCAAGCUGUAAUUAAAAUUAUUGAGGAGGCAUUCAAAUAUUGAAAGUUUCAGAUAUUUGAAAGAGAGUUUUACCAAUGAAUCACAUUGAAAUAACAGGUUGGAGGUUAGUCAUCAGUCACUAUUAAUCUGUUAGCUCCACUAUCAAUUCUAAUUCUAAUGGAUAAGUUCAUCUAAGAAGUCUAAUGUGGUUAGUGGAUUAACUACAUUAUCAUGUUGCUGUUGAUCUUGUCCCAAUCCCUGCAUGUGACUGCAAUAUUGUGCUAUGUAUUUUUACUCCUGUUUAAGUAUAUAUUGUUUACAGCAGAAUUGUUGUUGUUGUUGUUGUUGUUGUUAUUAUGAUGUAGACAUUUCUCUACGCCAUAUUGUAAUUUUAUCACAUAGGAGCUUCUGUUUCUACAUCCAUAUUGAAAAUGAUGCUUUUGAUUGACAGGAUAACUCGGUGAAAGAAAUCGUUUCAUAUAACAGAGUUCAUGUAUCAAGAUUCAUAUUGGUUUCCCUUUUUUGUGUUGUGUGUAUGAAAAUAAGCAAGCAGUUAUAGCAACAAUUAUGCCAAGUAUUCAGCAAAAUUAGUAACUGGUUUAACUGCACAUUUCAAUUCGUAAGAAAACUAUCAGCAAUGUCUUGUUCACAAUAUACUUUCAAGGAAUCAGCUUUCUACUUAGAUAAGCAGAUAACGAAUUGGCUUCCUAUGCUAUUGUAAAUAUAUAAUUGAAGUACAUUCUAAAAAAGAUACUGCUGAUGAUAAUUUCUGUUUAUGCAUGUGUUCCAAAAUUUAUGGAAAAUUUAAGGCUGUAAUAAAAUAAUGAUGCAAAAUAAAGUUAUAUGAUGUCUAUUUUUAUGUAAUAAAAAGUCUUCAUUAUAAGUAAAUGCAGUUUCAUAUAUGUAUAAUCCUCAUGAUGUUGUAUUGUGUAAAUAGCUGCCAAGAAUGUGACAAGUUUACUGUUGUAUAAAUUAUUUGUUAAUAUUUUUUAAUAUUUUUAGUUUAUAAUUGCAACAUGUUCCUGAUACCUAUAGCUUUAUUACAGUAAGAUUUGUUCCCUAUCACAAUUUUAUUCCAGUAUAAUGCAACUUAUUCCACAAGUAGAUUUGUUUAAGCUAAAUUUUCUUCUUUCCAGUCAAUUCAGUGCCAUUGUUUGGAUUCUGUGGUUUGUGUGUCAUAUUACAGGUUGAUGAAUCCAUUUACUGUAUGUUAACAUUAAGAAAAAGAAUGUAUGGAGAGUUCAUAUCGCCACAGAGUUAUUGAUAUAAAUUAUUUCUUGGAAGUUGCUUGUGCGCUUCCUGUUUUAAUUUCAGUUUUUUUCUGAUUAUAUUUUGUGCUUUAACAUCAAGAAUGCAAAAGUAGUGUCAGUAUCCUUAUAUAUUGUUGCAAUGUAGUAUACAUACAUGUGGAUAUCUGCCAUAGAAUCAUUAAUUUGCCCAUCUAUGAAUUUAAUUUUUUAAGUAUCUUGCAGAACAGUUAUCACCAGUUAAUUUGUAUAAUUUGUCUCUUCUCAUUAAAUUUCCAAAAAUUGUCAGACUUAUUUAAGACAACCAUAAAAUUGUAUCUAUGGUGAAAUAAAUGUGAUGUAUUGUUUA